UUCAUUUCUUUGGUACGUAGUGGAUGCCAUAAUUCCUUCUCACUUGACAAACGAUAUUUUUUAAAUGAAAAUUUUGGUCAUGUGAACUGAGGCAACGUCCUGAUUGGUUCUUAUAAUGAAUCAAUACAAGACCACGUAGGAAAAAUAGAUCUAUUAGAAAAAUCCAGCAGAAUAGUCAGAAGCAUGAGGUCUGUUUGUUUUCGCUGCACCGCUGAACUAGUGCAAUAAGUUGAAGUGAGAAAACAUAUACUUGUCUCGCUUCAACUUAUUACACUAGUUCAGCAGUGUAGCGGAAACGAACAGACCUAUGGCUAGCAGAGGAGCCAUUUCCAGCAAGACAGCCAGCAAAGUAGCCAAUAUAGAAGCACGCAAGCAAACUAGUAAGAAAAAAAUGCUCCGCGUUCCGCUGGCUUAGCUUAUUAUUCCAGUUCAACAGUGCAGCUAUAAAGAACAGACCAAGUAUUGACACCCGCACCACGAAAAGAACAGUUGAAUAACCGACUCUCUUGUAUCGUUAGAUGCAGCGAACGUGUUAAAAUAGUUAGAACAUCUAACUUGGAUAAUAUGCACAAUAAUAUUGAAAAUGUAAAAUGUCAUUUAAGCACUUGCAUACUUGAAAUUUUAUUAUAAAAAUAAAGCACAUCUCAGAAUCGUGUGUAUUGUGUGCGUGUGUGAGCGCGCGUGCGUAAAAUUAAUAUCACAGGAUUAACAUUAGUUUUCCUUGGUAGAAUCCAUUUGCAGAAAAUUAAAAAAAACAAAUAAAUAGAAAAGUUAUCCCUAUAUUAGAUACAUAUAAGAAGAUAUAGACUAUUUUAUGUAAUUUUUACUUACACUUUUAUAUGUUAAACUAUGGAUCAAUAUUUUAAAAGUUACGAAGAACUUGAUAUCCAUCAGUUAAUGCUAAGUGAUAAAAUACGUGUCUUGGCAUACAAAACUGCAAUUUUUAAUUCAAAAGAAAAAUUUCAAGGUAAAAUAGUAAUGGAUGUUGGUGCAGGCACAGGUAUAUUAUCAAUUUUUAGUGUUCAAGCUGGGGCGAAAAAAGUUUAUGCAGUAGAAGCAAAUAUAUUAGCAAAAACUAUUGAACAAGUAUUGAAAGAAAACAAUGUGCAUAACAAAAUUGAAGUAAUCCAUAGUAAAGUAGAGGAUAUCCAUCCAGAUAGUUUGGAGAAGGUUGAUAUAAUUGUCUCAGAAUGGAUGGGUUUUUAUUUAGUACAUGAAGGGAUGUUAGAUUCUCUACUUUAUGCUAGAGAUCACUUUUUACAGGAGAAUGGUUUAUUAUUUCCAUCCAUAGCAAAAUUAUAUGCUUCACCAUGUCAGUUACGAACCAUGUAUGAAUUUUGGGACAAUGUGCAUGGAGUCAGUAUGAGGUGUAUUGGAAAACGAUAUAGAGAAAUCAAAUCUAUAAAGCCAGAAGUGCUGUAUCUAAAUCAAGAUGAUCUUUUGGCAGAAGGUAAAUUGCUUGCUUGGCUAGAUUUAAAAUGCAUUUCUACAGAAGAACUAAAUUUACUGGGUGGAGACGACUACGUAUCAGUAUGUGACAAGGAUGGAAGAUACCAAGGAAUAUGCAUUUGGUUUGCGGUUGAAUUCCCAGAUGGUUCAGAAAUGUCUACAGGCCCUUACGAUGAGGCAACACAUUGGAAGCAAACCAUAAUUGUUUUACCUACAGAUAUUAAAGUAAUGAAACAUGAACCUAUUGCCUUUAGAUUGAACUUAAAAAGAAACACACUUUGUCCAAGACAUUAUAAUAUAGAAAUAAAUCUGUUGGAUGCGGAAGAAGUGGAACACGAUGUUCCAUGUAAUUGUCAUCUGACCAAAUGUAUAAUAAUAAGGACGUAUAUUAAAGACUACACAAAUAAUGAGGAUAUUUUACCAACUAAGUCGCAUAAAAUAGAAAGUAAUAUGUAAAUUUUAAGCUAUAUAUAAAAUAAAUUUUUUAUCUAUGA